UGGUGAGAUGGGUACCACUACGAUUUUGACAUGGCUACUCUUGUUGAGUCCAGCAGUUCUGGAGGCCAAAACAGGGCGGUAUCUCCAGCUGGUGAACGGAAGGCACCGAUGUGAAGGUCGUGUUGAGAUCUAUUACAGAGGACGGUCGGGGACAGUUUGUGAUGACUUCUGGGACCUGGCGGAUGCCCAGGUUGUGUGCAGGCAGCUGGGAUGUGGCAGGGCCAUUGCAGCUCUAGGGAGUGCCUACUUCGGUCCAGGCUCGGGUGACAUCGUGCUGGACAACGUGGGGUGCAGAGGAAAUGAGGUGUCCUUGUUCCGCUGUAAUCACACGGGAUGGAGGAUACACAACUGUGCCCACUACGAAGAUGCUUCUGUCAUCUGUUCAGAAGAGUCUGAUCCAACAUCAACAGAUACAACAACCUCAACACUGGAGACAACCACUCCAGUGGAGUCAAUCACAGAAGGGACAACACUCACAGAACCAGCAUCAAGAGUCCUCAUGGAGGAGAUGACAUCCCUGGGGCAGAUGACCACAACAGAAUUAACAACCAACACAGGGGAGGCGACAGUGCCAAUGACAACCCUAGAGGUGACAACCACCACACUAUUCACGACUUCCACAGGAGAGAUGUCCACUUCACCAGAGAUGACCACUGCAGGGUCAUCCCCUGCCCCGUCAUCCACACUGUCUGGUACAAUCACUACAGCAAGAGUGGACACCACAGUAGAGGAGAGCACAGCAGGAGCAUCCAGCCUACCAUUUCCGACCACCACAGUAGCAUCCGCUAGCACACCAGAGGUGUCCACCUCAGCAGAGAUGACCACCUCAGCAGAGAUGACCAGCACAGUAGCAUCCACUAGCACACCAGAGGUGUCCACCUCAGCAGAGAUGACCACCUCAGCAGAGAUGACCAGCACAGUAGCAUCCACUAGCACACCAGAGGUGUCCACCUCAGCAGAGAUGACCACCUCAGCAGAGAUGACCACAUCCACAAAGAUGAUAACCUCACCAGAGAUGACCACCUCAGAGACAACAGCUAGAAAAGCAGAUUGGAGUGCAUCAGGAAUGUACAUGCCAGUGCAGAUCAUCAGGACCACCUCAUCAGAGACGACAACCUCAGCAGAGAAGACCACUACAGCACCGACUGCAACAGAGGAGGAGAGCACAGCAGCUCCAGUGCCCACCAGAGCCAGGCCAUAUUCCACAGGGGCCAGCGUGCGGCUGUCGGGCGGCAGGAACGGCUGCGAGGGCCGCGUGGAGCUGUACGACGGCAGCACGUGGGGGACGGUGUGUGACGACCAGUGGGACCUGCAGGAUGCCCAGGUGGUGUGCCGGCAGCUGGGCUGUGGCCAGCCCGUGGCUGCGCUGGACACUGCGCACUUCGGCCUGGGCUCCGGCCGCAUCUUCCUGGACGACGUGCAGUGCCGCGGGGACGAGCCCUCCCUGCAGAUGUGCCGGCACAACGGCUGGGGCAUGCACAACUGCAGGCACGUGGAGGAUGCCGGUGUCAUCUGUGCAGCCGCCAAUCCAACCCCUCCUGCUCAAUGGCCGUACACAACAGGGGCCAGCGUGCGGCUGUCGGGCGGCAGGAACGGCUGCGAGGGCCGCGUGGAGCUGUACGACGGCAGCACGUGGGGGACGGUGUGUGACGACCAGUGGGACCUGCAGGAUGCCCAGGUGGUGUGCCGGCAGCUGGGCUGUGGCCAGCCCGUGGACGCCCCGCACAGCGCUCGCUUCGGCCUGGGCUCCGGCCGCAUCUUCCUGGACGACGUGCAGUGCCGCGGGGACGAGCCCUCCCUGCAGAUGUGCCGCCACAAUGGCUGGGGCGUGCACAACUGUGGGCACAUGGAGGAUGCCGGUGUCGUCUGUGCAGAGACAUCCAGCCCUCUGGAAAUGAUCACCACACAGCCAUCCCCUGCCACACCCAAGGUGUCCACCCCAGCACUGGCAACCACCACAGAGACAAUGGCUACCACAGCAAAGAGCAGCACACCAGCUCCAGUGCCCACCAGAGCCAGGCCAUAUUCCACAGGGGCCAGCGUGCGGCUGUCGGGCGGCAGGAACGGCUGCGAGGGCCGCGUGGAGCUGUACGACGGCAGCACGUGGGGGACGGUGUGUGACGACCAGUGGGACCUGCAGGAUGCCCAGGUGGUGUGCCGGCAGCUGGGCUGUGGCCAGCCCGUGGCUGCGCUGGACACUGCGCACUUCGGCCUGGGCUCCGGCCGCAUCUUCCUGGACGACGUGCAGUGCCGCGGGGACGAGCCCUCCCUGCAGAUGUGCCGGCACAACGGCUGGGGCAUGCACAACUGCAGGCACGUGGAGGAUGCCGGUGUCAUCUGUGCAGCCGCCAAUCCAACCCCUCCUGCUCAAUGGCCGUACACAACAGGGGCCAGCGUGCGGCUGUCGGGCGGCAGGAACGGCUGCGAGGGCCGCGUGGAGCUGUACGACGGCAGCACGUGGGGGACGGUGUGUGACGACCAGUGGGACCUGCAGGAUGCCCAGGUGGUGUGCCGGCAGCUGGGCUGUGGCCAGCCCGUGGACGCCCCGCACAGCGCUCGCUUCGGCCUGGGCUCCGGCCGCAUCUUCCUGGACGACGUGCAGUGCCGCGGGGAUGAACCCUCCCUGCAGAUGUGCCGGCACAAUGGCUGGGGCGUGCACAACUGUGCACAUGUGGAGGAUGCCAGUGUCAUCUGUGCAGCUGCCCAGCCAACCCCUCCUGCUCAAUGGCCGCUCACAACAGGGGCCAGCGUGCGGCUGUCGGGCGGCAGGAACGGCUGCGAGGGCCGCGUGGAGCUGUACGACGGCAGCACGUGGGGGACGGUGUGUGACGACCAGUGGGACCUGCAGGAUGCCCAGGUGGUGUGCCGGCAGCUGGGCUGUGGCCAGCCCGUGGACGCCCCGCACAGCGCUCGCUUCGGCCUGGGCUCCGGCCGCAUCUUCCUGGACGACGUGCAGUGCCGCGGGGACGAGCCCUCCCUGCAGAUGUGCCGCCACAAUGGCUGGGGCGUGCACAACUGUGGGCACAUGGAGGAUGCCGGUGUCGUCUGUGCAGAGACAUCCAGCCCUCUGGAAAUGAUCACCACACAGCCAUCCCCUGCCACACCCAAGGUGUCCACCCCAGCACUGGCAACCACCACAGAGACAAUGGCUACCACAGCAAAGAGCAGCACACCAGCUCCAGUGCCCACCAGAGCCAGGCCAUACUCCACAGGGGCCAGCGUGCGGCUGUCGGGCGGCAGGAACGGCUGCGAGGGCCGCGUGGAGCUGUACGACGGCAGCACGUGGGGGACGGUGUGUGACGACCAGUGGGACCUGCAGGAUGCCCAGGUGGUGUGCCGGCAGCUGGGCUGUGGCCAGCCCGUGGCUGCGCUGGACACUGCGCACUUCGGCCUGGGCUCCGGCCGCAUCUUCCUGGACGACGUGCAGUGCCGCGGGGACGAGCCCUCCCUGCAGAUGUGCCGGCACAACGGCUGGGGCGUGCACAACUGCAGGCACGUGGAGGAUGCCGGUGUCAUCUGUGCAGCCGCCAAUCCAACCCCUCCUGCUCAAUGGCCGUACACAACAGGGGCCAGCGUGCGGCUGUCGGGCGGCAGGAACGGCUGCGAGGGCCGCGUGGAGCUGUACGACGGCAGCACGUGGGGGACGGUGUGUGACGACCAGUGGGACCUGCAGGAUGCCCAGGUGGUGUGCCGGCAGCUGGGCUGUGGCCAGCCCGUGGACGCCCCGCACAGCGCUCGCUUCGGCCUGGGCUCCGGCCGCAUCUUCCUGGACGACGUGCAGUGCCGCGGGGAUGAACCCUCCCUGCAGAUGUGCCGGCACAAUGGCUGGGGCGUGCACAACUGUGCACAUGUGGAGGAUGCCAGUGUCAUCUGUGCAGCUGCCCAGCCAACCCCUCCUGCUCAAUGGCCGCUCACAACAGGGGCCAGCGUGCGGCUGUCGGGCGGCAGGAACGGCUGCGAGGGCCGCGUGGAGCUGUACGACGGCAGCACGUGGGGGACGGUGUGUGACGACCAGUGGGACCUGCAGGAUGCCCAGGUGGUGUGCCGGCAGCUGGGCUGUGGCCAGCCCGUGGACGCCCCGCACAGCGCUCGCUUCGGCCUGGGCUCCGGCCGCAUCUUCCUGGACGACGUGCAGUGCCGUGGGGACGAGCCCUCCCUGCAGAUGUGCCGCCACAAUGGCUGGGGCGUGCACAACUGUGGGCACAUGGAGGAUGCCGGUGUCGUCUGUGCAGAGACAUCCAGCCCUCUGGAAAUGAUCACCACACAGCCAUCCCCUGCCACACCCAAGGUGUCCACCCCAGCACUGGCAACCACCACAGAGACAAUGGCUACCACAGCAAAGAGCAGCACACCAGCUCCAGUGCCCACCAGAGCCAGGCCAUACUCCACAGGGGCCAGCGUGCGGCUGUCGGGCGGCAGGAACGGCUGCGAGGGCCGCGUGGAGCUGUACGACGGCAGCACGUGGGGGACGGUGUGUGACGACCAGUGGGACCUGCAGGAUGCCCAGGUGGUGUGCCGGCAGCUGGGCUGUGGCCAGCCCGUGGCUGCGCUGGACACUGCGCACUUCGGCCUGGGCUCCGGCCGCAUCUUCCUGGACGACGUGCAGUGCCGCGGGGACGAGCCCUCCCUGCAGAUGUGCCGGCACAACGGCUGGGGCAUGCACAACUGCAGGCACGUGGAGGAUGCCGGUGUCAUCUGUGCAGCCGCCAAUCCAACCCCUCCUGCUCAAUGGCCGUACACAACAGGGGCCAGCGUGCGGCUGUCGGGCGGCAGGAACGGCUGCGAGGGCCGCGUGGAGCUGUACGACGGCAGCACGUGGGGGACGGUGUGUGACGACCAGUGGGACCUGCAGGAUGCCCAGGUGGUGUGCCGGCAGCUGGGCUGUGGCCAGCCCGUGGACGCCCCGCACAGCGCUCGCUUCGGCCUGGGCUCCGGCCGCAUCUUCCUGGACGACGUGCAGUGCCGCGGGGAUGAACCCUCCCUGCAGAUGUGCCGGCACAAUGGCUGGGGCGUGCACAACUGUGCACAUGUGGAGGAUGCCGGUGUCGUCUGUGCAGCUGCCCAGCCAACCCCUCCUGCUCAAUGGCCGCUCACAACAGGGGCCAGCGUGCGGCUGUCGGGCGGCAGGAACGGCUGCGAGGGCCGCGUGGAGCUGUACGACGGCAGCACGUGGGGGACGGUGUGUGACGACCAGUGGGACCUGCAGGAUGCCCAGGUGGUGUGCCGGCAGCUGGGCUGUGGCCAGCCCGUGGACGCCCCGCACAGCGCUCGCUUCGGCCUGGGCUCCGGCCGCAUCUUCCUGGACGACGUGCAGUGCCGUGGGGACGAGCCCUCCCUGCAGAUGUGCCGCCACAAUGGCUGGGGCGUGCACAACUGUGGGCACAUGGAGGAUGCCGGUGUCGUCUGUGCAGAGACAUCCAGCCCUCUGGAAAUGAUCACCACACAGCCAUCCCCUGCCACACCCAAGGUGUCCACCCCAGCACUGGCAACCACCACAGAGACAAUGGCUACCACAGCAAAGAGCAGCACACCAGCUCCAGUGCCCACCAGAGCCAGGCCAUACUCCACAGGGGCCAGCGUGCGGCUGUCGGGCGGCAGGAACGGCUGCGAGGGCCGCGUGGAGCUGUACGACGGCAGCACGUGGGGGACGGUGUGUGACGACCAGUGGGACCUGCAGGAUGCCCAGGUGGUGUGCCGGCAGCUGGGCUGUGGCCAGCCCGUGGCUGCGCUGGACACUGCGCACUUCGGCCUGGGCUCCGGCCGCAUCUUCCUGGACGACGUGCAGUGCCGCGGGGACGAGCCCUCCCUGCAGAUGUGCCGGCACAACGGCUGGGGCGUGCACAACUGUGGGCACGUGGAGGAUGCCGGUGUCGUCUGUGCAGCUCCUGUGGCCACCUCAACACCUCCACCAGCACCUUAUUUUUGUGGUGGCUCAAUCUCAGAUUCCUCUGGGGUGCUGCAGAGUCCCAACUAUCCUGGAAGUUAUCCAAACGACGCUGACUGCGUGUGGGAAAUACAAGUAGAGAACAAUUUCCGUGUAACACUCACAUUUAGAGACAUCGUGAUGCAAAGUGGCACAUGCCAGCAUGACUACAUUGAAGUCUAUGAUGGGCCUCUCCACUCUUCCCCUCUUCUUGGAAGAUUCUGUUCUGGUUCCUUUCCCACAUAUGUGUCCUCUUCAAACAUGAUGAGUGUUCGCUUCCACAGCGAUUCCAGAUACUCCUUCAGAGGGUUUCAGGCUCACUACUCCUCCAUUCCAGCAGGUCACAACACCACCAUUCAGUGCUUGCCAGACUACAUGCACGUUGUGGUCAGCAGAGACUACCUCCAGUCUCAAGGCUACUCAGCACAGAGGGUCAUCCUGAACGACAGUCGCUGCAGACCGACAGUCACGUCACAGGAGGUUGUAUUCAACAUUCCCUACAACAGCUGUGGGACAAUACAAGAGGAGAACAAUGAUACAAUCAACUACUCCAACAUGAUCAGGGUUGCAUCUUCCGGGUACAUAAUCAAGAGGAAAAAGAAUAUCAACUUACACGUCAGCUGCAAAAUGUUGAGGAAGAGCUGGCAGCAGGUGAUGUAUGCUGCUGAGGACACUGUGGACGUGAAUGAGUAUCAGUUUGGAAGAUACAACAUGAACAUCACCUUCUACGAUUCCCCAGCGUUCCUGCGGCAAGUGCGCAGCUCUCCCUACUACAUCGACCUCAACCAAAAUCUGUACCUCCAAGCUUGUCUUCACAACUCAGACCCAAACCUGAAGGUGGUUGUGGACACCUGUGUGGCAUCACCUAACCCUCAUGAUUUUAACACGCUGGCCUAUUACUUAGUCAAGAAUGGGUGUCCUAGAGAUCCUUCCUAUGCCACGUUCUACUCCCCUUCCAGCCACUUUGCUCGGUUCAAAUUUAAUGCCUUUGAGUUCAUGAGCCGGCACCCAUCAGUGUACCUGAAGUGCCAGAUGCUGGUCUGCAGGCUCGGGGACUACUCCUCCCACUGCUACCAGACCUGCAGCACCAGGGCCAAGAGAGACACCAGUUCUGCUGAGGAGAAAGUGGAAGUGGUGGUUGGACCCCUUCAGCUCCAAGAAGAGCGUGCUCCGAGUGGGAACACCAGGAAACCUGAAUAAAUUUCUCUCACAUUUGCUCUGAGAUGACCAACAGGCUUCAAGAAAAGCCAUAGCUCUGUCACCUGUCACUGAAAUCUGCUUUUGCCAACUUUGCCAUAAAAAAGGAAGGAUCAACACCUUGCAAGCUUCUGCUUUCAGCUGUGUUUUUAUAAAGUGUAACUGCUCUGGCUGUCCCAAAAGGGAGUUGCCUGUAAUCCAUUUUAGUACUAUAACUCCCUGAAUUGUGCUAAUUAGCUCCAGUCUGAUUGUGAAUUUUAUGGUACUUGGGGAUAUGGUUUGAUGGUGGACUUAUCUGUGCUAAUUUAAUGGCAGGACUCGACAACCUUAAAGGUCUUUUCUAAACUAAACGAGCCCAUGAGUCCAAGACAGCCAGCCAGGAGCAAAUUCCCAGCCUUCUUGAGAAACAUUUCAUUCCCUCUGUUGUUUUCUGCUUCUCAGUUGUUUUCUGAAGUUUACUUAGUUGAGUUCUCAUCCCUGCUAAUAUGAAGCCUGUCCAAAUAGUUGAAAGCAAUGAAUCUGUGAGUUUGCUUAUUUCUGACUUUGAUCUGGGAGCUCUUUGUGCCUUGAUCUUCAAUAUGCUGAAUCAAACUCCAGUAAGUUUCACUCAUAGGGCUGGGCUCUUCUAGCAAUUGGAAUUGGGGCUAUACAAUAUUCUAAUUAUUUUGAGUAUUGUUUUUAAUGCUGAAUUUCUCACUGAAACAAUGAUGGGUCUGUGCUUAUUUAUAAAAUGCAGAGAUUUCCAAGCUGAAAGUAAUCUGUUCUGUGAGCAGUGUAAUUUAUAAUCGAAGGAAGGAAUGUUUACAAAGCAAUAAAUCUAUUAUGUCUCUCAAA